AUGGCCGUGCCACCUUCUCUACACCAUUGUGCCAGAGGUUUGGACAUUAGGGUGAUUGAGCAUUUCAUCCGCAUUCGAGAGGAUCACUCAUCUGUGGAGAAAAUGGUAGUGUUUUUGUCUUUUCUACUGUUUAAGGGGACAGAAGCUGUAACAGCUGGUAUCCUGACCAGCGGGUUUUCCCCUUGUUUUAUUAGGAGUAUGCGCACGGGGCCUAGUCACUGGCCACCGUGAAAUAACCUCAAGAAGUUUUCUUCAAGUUUCUCAAGUGUUUUUGUAAGCCGUUUGUUUAAGUUUUUCUCUUGUUAUGGAUUUCUUUUGUCGUAGCUAAUGGAUAUGUGUGAUGAUCGUUUCGUAAGAUACUUCUGGGUCAUACAGCCUCGUGUAUGAUUAAACGUUUAGUUCUUAUUUCUAACGACAAGGAUAACAUGUGCCGCCAUUCGCCGUUACAGAAGCUAUACAGUGGAACCUCGAUAUAACGAACCUCUAUAUAACGAAGUCCUCGGAAUAACGAACGUCUUUCAUUACCCCAGAAACAGUAAAAUACAUGGAAAGGAAGGUCGAUAUAGUGAACAAUGAUUUUGCCAGUCACUUGCCCCUUUGUUAUAUCGAGGUUCCACUGUACUAGUGAUUAGACAGAACAAAGGGCCAAAACUCUUUUCUGUGGCUCGAAAAAAAAAAUCCACAUUUCGUCACCUUAUGAGCAAUAGACCAAUUUCCAUAUAUUGAAAUUCAUACCUUGCUCCGAAGCGUAGGGAAAUAAAACAGAAGAAUCAAUCUUGAGGUUCAGCUUCAGCAUUGAAUAAUACAUUUCUUUUGUUUUAUUCUCCUAAGCCUCAUAGCUAAGUGUGAAUUUUAAUGUAGCGAAAUUGGUCUAUUCUAUUCAAAUUUCUACCCCUUUCCUCCUCAUUGACUAUAUAGUUACAGCUACCUACCUUCAUUACCCCCCUGAUAAGUCGGGUUAGUCAUGGGUAUAGUAAUAUUGUAGGGCUACGUGCGACCACCUCUGGUAUCAGCCAUUAGGGAGCUUAAAAGUGCUCUGUCACGCUAUUUGCUGGCCUUUUUAAACAAGCUAAAACUUUCCAUCAAUUGAAUUCCAAAACUUAUCGCCCAGUUUUGUUAUUGAAGACUAUAUUCAUGUUCUGAAACUGGUUCCAGUCUACUCUGGGUACCAGAGGUUUUUCUCGCGUGCGGCGGGAAUUUUCGGUGUCGGCUGAAGGCCGACACAUCUUCGGCCCUAGGCCGAAGCCGCGAGAAAAGACUUCACAGAAACCGGAAACCGCGCUAGAAAAGUCUCUGGCACCCAGGGUAGUUCCAGUCAUCUGUUUCAAAUGGAUGGCAAGGAUGGGCAUGGAUUGAAACUUGAAAAGGUUGGGCCAUAUUUUAAUGAUAUGCGUGCAAAAAUAACCAAAAAAGUUAUAGUUAGUGCUCCCUGAUGAAACUUGUUUGAUAUCUUUUUUGUAAAUCCACAUAAGUAUUUUAUGUAUGGGUAAAGACAUAAAGUGAUGACUUAAUUGACGUAAUACAACAAUAAUCCUUGUGACAAAGCUGCUUUAAGCAAAGGUGUUUUCGAGCGAAAGCCGGCAACCGCAAGUGGAUUUUUUGCAGUUUUGGAGCUGUGGUUUUGCUCAAAGUUUCGGGUAAAUCGGGGUAUAUCUUGGUGUUGCGGAAACCAUUGUUGUUUCGCUUUUGUGUUGUAGCACUGCAGCGCUAACGCAGAGGCCAUGGGUUCGAAUCCCGUUAAAGUCCCGGAAAAAUUUUUUGGGGUUUUAUUUGCAAUUGCUGAAAUUGCAAUAACCACUGCGUCGAUCAUAUCUUCAUUUAAGAGUGGUGUGGGUAUCGGUUCAGUGCAGGGGCGCUUCCAGGAUUUUUCUUAGGAGGAGUUGCACCAUUACAGAAUGGCUUAACUGACUGGUGACGUAAACGAAUUUUAAUGCAAAAUACCAGUUGUAUUAGAAAGCUACAGGUCAUCUCGGGGGGGGGGGGGGGGGGGCGCCCCCCCUCCACCCCCUCCCUCGAUCCCCCCCCCCCGGUUCUUUUUACUCUUUUGUAUUUCGUCAAUUGGUUUUUACACCCCCCCCCCGCACUGGGGGGUGGGGGUUGGGGGGGGGGGGGGGGUUGUUGUUUGGUUUUGUGGGGGGAGCGUAAGAGAAAAGUACAUAUGUGAACAGGGGGUGGUAUAAAAAAAAAAUUGAAAAAAAUAAUAGGGGGGUGAGAAGGGGGGCGGGGGGGGGGGGGGGGGGGGGGGGGGGGGGGGGGUGCGCACCCCCUGCACCCUCUCCCUAGAUCCGCCCCCUCAGUGUCUUUUCAAUCUUUUGUAUUACGUCAAUUGGUGAUUACACACGCCCUCAGCACCACGAAACUACCGAAAUCUCUUCUCUAAGAGUAAAGACACGUAACAAUGUAAAUGAGGCCAGUUAUCCCCUCUCCAUUCUAUGGUAAUGGCAAUGAGUGAAAGUGCUUUUGUUCUCUGCAGUUCUCCAGCUACGUUAACGUUACCAAGAAACCUAUGAACUGCACUCAUUUAAGACUACAGGAUUCUCUAUUUUGUCGAAUCCCUGGCAUGUUUAAAGACAAAAUGAAGGAGGCUAUGGACUGGUUUGAAAGGAGAGAGAUUGGAAUGGUCAUAACCAAGACAGAUCCCCCGGCAGGUGGUAAGUAGCGUGUAGAUAAGUCUUAUUUUUUGUAUCGUCACGCAGCGCUCCUCCCCCAGGUUGUUAGAGCACUCGUCAGUGGUUAAAGCACUCGCCGCCCACCAAUAUGGCUUGGGUUCGAAUCGAGGCAUCGACUAGUUUGAGUUAGCUGUUGGUUCUCUCCCUUGCUCCGCGUAGAUUUUCUCUAGGUACUCUGGUUUUACUCUCCUUAAAAAAAAUGUCAUUUCUUUCCGGAAGAAUACGUUUUGGGUGCGCUUUAUUUAUUUAUUUAUUUGUUUGUUUUAAAACAAAAUUCAGAUACAACGCGCACUCUGAUUAGUUGAAAAGCGUGCUUUAUGAGGGUAUAAACACGUUGCUAUGGCUGUCACGCCAUUUACCAAUAGUUUGUUUUGAGAAUUAGAAAGAAAUGCAGUAAAAGAAGCCUUGACUUUGCUCAUGUCUGUUAUAAAUCACUUAGGAAGCGGCUAGAGCACUCAAGACGUGGGGAGAAACACUCGAACACGUCUCAUGUUUCCCCUACGCUUCUUUCGUGCUUUAGAACAGAGUACAGUCACGUCUUUACUUGUUAAAUUUAUUUAGUGAUGGAAUCUACACUUCUGCUGUUAUGAAGAUCUAAUGCUAUUUUGUUCAGAAAUCGCGUUUCUCUUUAAAGAGGUUGCUCAAUAGGUGUAAUUACGUUCUCAUUGAAAUUUAUUUCCUCUACAGUCACGUUGAAAUGUCGCACGCCACAACGCAGUCUGGAAGUUGUGAACAUGACAUCGUUCAUUACCCCACGCGCAAUGUGCGUCGUUCGCCCGUCACAGAAUGUUGUUGGCCGUUUGAAUAUCACCCUUGUACCCGCGUGCAAGGCUCCUACUUUUGGGCACGCCCUCUUCGAUUGGGUAAGUUAAGUCGUCCGGUUGGAAACAGGGAUAUCGCAACAUUUAUAUCUUUUCGUUUGUAAGAAAGCUUUGACAAUCAACGUUGGGGGCUGGGGGUUGGAGAGUGUAUUAGACUCGGUCAGGGAUGUGUUCUUGAACUGUUACGAGUGUUUAGCAGAGUACUUGUUCACAUCCAACAGAGGUGGAAGAAAGGAAGCUAGAAAGCUGCGACUCAUCCGAGGCUUGUGACGACCUAACGAUAAGGAUAUGGGUUAAGGAACAAGUCAAAUACAAAUUAAAGAACAGAAAAACAACUGAAUGAAUGAAUUAGAACAACUGAACAAUACAGUACGAGAACUAAAGAGGGAAAUCCCUAGCGGGCAGUACAGGCUUAUCUUGCUCGUUCGGGUAUAUUUAGCCAAUGAGAACACAAGAUUCCAUUCAUCUUGCCCGCUUGCGGAUUUAGCCAUUAAAUAAAUAUGCACAACCCAGUUCACAAUGACUUAGUGCUUAGCUUAUAUGAACUUUUUCACGGGAGCUUGUACCCCAGUAGCAGUGGGUUACAGUAGCAAGUUUGAACACGUUUUAUGACAACGCUAUCUCUUUAUUGUUUUGAAACUAUAGGGACCAUAGAAAACGACGCGCUUUUUAAAUGUUUAUCCGCCCAUUUAGGGUCAAGUGCAGUGAUGUGAUUAAACUAGACGUCUGAAAACAUUAUUUGUAGGUUUUUAGAUUUCCUAUGUUUUGUUCUUUUAGAGGGAAGAGUGUUUUUUGCCUGGUGAAGGCGAGUGCAUUUAUGGAGGACGCGAAGCCAAGUUGAAAUUGACAAUAAGACCAGUGAAGGAUCGCCCAGUACUCAACGUAAAGAACUUAAUUGCUCAAUUUCCUCCAGUUCCGCAGAAUGUGAGCGACAUAGAGGGAAAAAACAUAAAGGUGUCCACCUUUACCAAGUCAAGUCAAGGACUCAUAGAUAAGUACAUCCGUGAGAAUAAAGGAGAUGAAUUGUUCAAUAAAAUGGAAGCUGGAGAGGCUCUCGCCGAUAGAAACAACCCUCCUCUUGUGGAGGAUAUUGACAAUGGAGGCGUGGGGCUGGCUAUCACAGAGGCGCCCGUGCAGAAGUACGGCAAGUGGCAGUAUAAAACCAAUGAUGGUGUCUUCAGAGACAUUAAUAUUACUUCAGGGAUAGUGCUUCUGGUAAAGCCAACUGACAGGAUCAGGUUUAAAGCUAAUGAAGGUACUUGUGUGUUUACUUCAAAGAAAAAAAAAUGGGCGCUCAUGGUUCAGAAUUUGAGGUUACGCGAAGAUACAAUAUUUGCUAAAUGCUUCACGAAAAUUCCGUGACAAAAUCGAAGCCUUGACGGUCAACGUAUGAGGUGAAUUACCACCCUCAACCUUAGGAGGUGGGAGAACACGAAAUCAGUGAAGCACUUCUCACCUGUAUAUACUCUUUUUUGUCACGCGUUUACCAUAUAGUCUCCCAGCAGACGUCCUUUGGGGUUCGUUUGUCAUGUGACGUAUUCAUUUCCCCCCUCCACGUGGGGGAGAAAUGAAUACGUGAUAAACGAACCCCAAAGGACGUCUGUGGGGAGGCUAUUUACCAUAGUGAUUUGAUUUUGCACCCUUGUUCCAAUAAGCGCCUCCUCUCUAAUGAGCACCCCACCUCAAAUAUGUUUUUGUUAACAUGAGCCACUAUUCCCAGUGCUCGUUUGCGUAACGUUGGUUACUUUCUUUGGAGCUCGCUUCUUUCGGGCCCAAGAGACCACUAUUCACCACUAUCGCGUCCCCUGGGGGUACUCCGGAUUUCAAGUGACGGGGAUGUCUGAUGAUGGAGGAUUGUUUUGGGUUUGAAAAUUGCGAUUCCGGGAUUUUAAUUUUUAUGGGUAGGAAGAUUUGGCAAGUUUUUUUUGGGGGGGUUGGCUUGAUUUUAAGUAGGGAUUUUUGGGAGUUAGUUUUUGCCCUCAUUCGGCAAUCUCCGUCAAUUAAAAUCCGGCGUACCCCCCUCCCGCUGGGAUCGCGUAUGGUGAAUAAUCUUUAAAAAUUCGGAAAAAGCAACUGCAGCAAUGAUUCUCACGUGAUAUAACCGAGCAGAAUGGUGGGGCGGUGGUGGUGGAAAGGGCUCUACAAUUUUUUUUUCGUUUCUUUCGGGAUUUAGUAAGGGCAACAUUUUUUGAAGUUACUUCCGAGGGGCCUCUGCUCUUGGAAUUUUGCGGUACUAUCCCCUGACCUUUCAAGCCUUGCAACCUGGCAUCAUUUGGCCACAAACCUGCAAAACGGUACUGUAUAAUAAUCAUAUAUGAAGCGCCUACCAUCGGAAGUAAUCUAUACUACGCCGCUGAGUGACAGCCGGCUCAUUGAUUUGAAUUGCUUCCGACGGAAUCUUGUGUAAUAAAAGGUCCACUAGUGCAUCCCGAAGAAUUUGUUUUAACUGUUCACACCCAAGGUUUUCUUUGCUACGAAAGCAUGUCUAUAGUUAAGCUGUACAUCUUAUCCGUUUCAGUCUUUCAUGUUUUGUGUGAUUAUUUUUAUGUUUCACUCAAUUUGGUGGCUCUUCCUGCUGUUUGAAAUUUGUUAAAUUUCGUGACACAGAUCCUUUAAAUCCUAUAAAAGGCUUAUUUGUUUCUGCUCUAUAGGCAUAUCCUGGGGGAAAGCUGAGUCACGUGAAAAGACCUUCUUCAAGUUUCGAGCUUGGGACGGUUCUGACAACAGAACAUCUGGAUUGAACACAUUAAAUGACAGCUUCAUGGACUCAGACACCGCCUACUCUCGUCAGUCGGCCAAAUGUAUCGUGUUAAAGAUGGGCUGUGAUAAAGUAGCUGGAUCGAAUCUGGAAAGAGACAAAUGCGGGGUGUGCAGGAGAGAUAGGAGGAAUAAGUGUGUGGGGUGUGAUGGCCAAGCUUAUUCCAAUAAAAGAUUGGGUGAGUUUUGAAUUGUAUUUCCCAUUAACACUUUCUAAUAUACAGAUUUAGCCAAGGACAAAAGCGGAGCUCUCAAAGGAUCCUUUAAGCGGCGUCUUCGAGAAGUAGUUCAACUUUCGUGAUAAAUGGAGUUUGAUUCCGCUUGCGCGCAUCACAACAUUAUGGCGAAAACCGCUCAGACAAGGCCUACAAGAACCCAGUUGGGAAUCAGUAAUAAAAACACAUUUUAUGAUAACAAAAUGAAGCGGAAUUGAGAUAAUAGGGUUUUUUAGGAAAUCGGUAGGGCGACCUCUACUACUGUGGCCGGAAGUAAAAGAGCCCCAAAAUGACGUGCUGCGCGUGCUUGGAAAUGCCCUCUUGCCGUAGCGCCAAAUCCUACGACGUGAAGACCUGUCUUGUGGCUUAGUCGCUAGUACUUGGGUAAAAAAGUCAACUUUUCUCCUUUUUUACGCAAUCAAUGGUUUUAAAACCAACCGUAGGUUGUUUCUCACUUUAUCAAGAAAGUUUUGACACUUCUAGUUUGAAAGUAAUUACGUCUUCCCAGCGUUUUACUAACAGCGAAAGCAAAUGAGCUACUCAGGUGAAUUAAGGCAUGGAUCCUCGUUACAUGCGGGGUUCUAUGAUUUGAUUUUUUUCCAGUAUCUUCCUUCAUUUUAACCGUAGACCGCUGUGUUUAAGACCAGAACCACUUUGGACCUUAAAAACUACUUUUUUUUUAGAUCACGUGACCAGGCACUCCAAUAAUUAUGCAAACUAUGGACUUUGCAGAUUACACCGCUUUAAUGAAUGUGACCACAAUCGUUUUUCCUUCCAUCAUAUUUCAUUUACAGUCAAAUAAGCUAAAUCGGGGAUUUGUGAAAUGAUCCAUUCCUUCGUAAUUAUUACAUAUUUUUCUCUCGUCCCAUUCUCCCUCUUAACAAGAAACGUUAUAGUUUAGAAAACGUAGAUAAUUUAAGAAAAUGGCGAUUAAUUCCACAAACUUUGUGUCGAUAGUCAUUGACAAAAAAAUAAAUUAAAUUGCAAGUGUUAAUUAUAAGGUGGUGUAAAUUUGGAUUGAAAUAAAAAGUCAAAAUGGGUGUGACAAAUCACGUGACAAAGAUAAUACAUUAGUAAUAAUGAAAAAUGAUUUAUUAUGGGGUGUAGAUGUUAAUUUAAAAUAUUUACGCGAAAGGUAAAAUCCCUGCUGAAACAAACCACCCGCCCCCCCAAUUUGCAGUGCCGCAUUCUUUAAUUCACCGAGCGAAAAACCCCGCAGUCACUGUUAGGCCAUACGGUUACGUACUCUCUCGGUGAGGACUCUGCAUUCAUGACCGCCGUAUUAGAGGUCGGCAAGUACUUCACUAUUGCACCGCUAUGUCAUUUCAAAUCUAAAUUUUACAAUAACUGAGCGAAUCCUCGCGAGCUGAUUGGUGGAGAGCUAUGGUCUAUGAGAGUAUAGACCAUGGAAAUGACGUAACAUGUCACGCAGUGCCGGUUGUUUUGUUUUUGGUUUUUCCUAAAAAUAUAAAUGUUAUUGUAAAAAACAAAUCGACCACAAUUUUUUCAUGGUCUACACUCUUAUAGACCAUAGAAAUGACGCCAUAAUAUGUUCAAAACUUUGCAGUGAAACCACUCGCCUGCGGCUCGUGGUUCCACUUAAGUUUUGAACAAUUUAUGACAUCAUUUCUUUGGUCUGUGAGAGUGUAGACCAUAGAAAAUUGUGAUCGAUUUGUAAAAAAAAGGUUCUUUUAUUUUGGGGUACGUACUGGCAAUUUAGGCUAAGUUGGUUCUUUAUUAGGUUCUUAAAAUCAAUAAAAUGCAUAAACUUGGUUUUUUUUCAAAAAUACAGUAUUUAUUCAUGACAAAACUAAUUACAGGGAAAUGUAUAUUUAGUUCAGUUAAUAACUAAACUAUUUUCUUGUAAUAUAAAUUGCACUUUCAAAGUCAAACUCCUUGGUUAAUAUGUUUAUUAUAAUUUAAAUGUAACCCACGGGUAAAACACCUGCUUGGUCUUGCUUGCCUUAACAGUUUCUCGUAUUUUUGGGUAUUAAAAUGGCAAUUUCUGCCAGGAGGUUCUUAAUUCACUAGGUCUCUAUACGCGGUUCUUGUUUUUACUAUAUUACAGCACUUGACUGAUCUUGCCUUACUCAUCUUUUUCCAGAUGAGUGCGGCAACUGUACGUUACGAGGAGCAGCACCCAUCUUCUGUUCUAACAGCUGUUUAAUUCCGUCGUUCAGAGAUAAAUGCGGAAUUUGUCGAAUCAAUGACAGUACGCCCAGUGUUAGGCACUGCAAUGGAGACUGCGGUGCUGUACCGGUGAGUUUGUAGUUCUGGUCCCGGUUGUUCAAACGUUGGAUAGCGCUAUCCAUCGGAUAAAUCACUAUCCAGCGGAUAAGUAUUAGGGAAACCAAUUGCGUUUCCUCCCUCACUAUUAAGCUCCCCCCCCCUUCCCAUCAAAGGUGAUUUAAAUUAUAAGCCCCUGGGGACUUAAUUUAUGACCGGACGCUCUUUGAUCACGUUUACGUGUUGUUUUCUUAUCGACAGUCUGAGUGCAAUAGUAGUGUUUGUGUUGGUGGAAACACUGGAAAAUCCCUUAACUGGGGAAAGGACCGCUGUGGAGUCUGCGGAGGGAACAACAAGUGUGUUGACUGUGCUGGAGUAGUGAGAGGCAAAAACGAAACAGACUCGUGUGGUGAAUGCUUGGAUCCGAAACUCGACCGGCUGCAGUUUAACAAAUGCCCCAAAAUCCUCGAUGUUGAUGUGAAAGCGAUUACUGGUGACGAAUCUACACAAAUGUGCCUGACUAUAGCGGCACCGAAGAAAAUAAUCGAAUGUUAUUUACAAAGAGAAAAUGAAAGGUACUUUUUUUAUAGUCUGUUUAAAAAAGAAAUUCCAACUUUAAAUUCGCUCUACCAUUUAUUCGACGUCGGUUCAAUUUUAAAAAUUCUCUUUGCUCCUAAAGGUUGUAUUGUGUUAAAAUUAAUUCACAUGUAGAAGGGACGCAUGGGCACUUAAACUUUGAGCUUUAGUGGAGUUCCAUUGUCGCAUAGUUUUUACGAGUGUAAGUAAAAUAGAGACAAUAGACAAAUUUAGAAAAACGCGACAAACGUACGCACGUAGGCGUAAAAGUAAAACCUCGCUGAACUUCACGUUUAAUCUCAACACUUUAUAUCCUGCCUCUAUUUUAUUUGCGUGAUUAAAAUUUACGUGCGUUAACGUGCGUAGCCAAAAACGCGUCAGUGGAAAUCAACCUUAAUGGUUGAUUUCCACCUUCCCGUAAUUAUAAACGUGAAAUACGCACGUAAAUAAAAUAGAGGUAAUGUACGAAGUAUCGCGCGUAAACGUAAAAGUUGUGCGAAGGUUAAGUUCACGUUUACGCGCGACCAUCAUAUAUUGCCUCUGUUUCAAUUUUACGCGCGUGCGCACAUAAAAAUUACGCGAGUUUCCAGUGUCGCGUAAUUUUACGUGCGUACGUGCGUAAAAUUUACGUUCACAAAUAGAAUGGACGCAAAGCAUAACAGGUCGCUCGUAAGCGUAAAAGGUGAACCUCGCUCAACUUCUCCUUUAAGCUUAACACUUUUUAUCUUGCCUCUAUUUCAUUUUCGUGAUUAAAAUUUACCUGCGUUAGCGUGCGCACCAAAGACGCGUGACUGGAAAUCAACCUUAAGAGAGCUAGCGGUAAACAUGAAAGUUGAACAAAGGCCAACUCUAACGUUUAUGCGUGACCUUUCAAAUAUUGCCUCUAUUCUAUUUAUUCUGAGUUACACGACAGUAGAUAACCACCCUAAAGGUUGAUUUGCAAUGACGCGUUUUUGGCUACGCACGUUAACGCACGUAAAUUUAAAUCUCGUAAAAAAAAUAGACGCAAGAUAAAAAGUGCUGAGCUUAAACGAGAAGUUGAGCGAGGUUCAACUUUUACUCUUACGAGCGACCUUUCAUGCAUUGCUUCUAUUUUAUUUGCGAACGUAAAUUUUGCGCACGUACGCACGUAAAAAUUACGCGACAGUGGAAAUCAACCCUAGGGAAAAGUAGCGCGUAAAGCUAAGCGAUGUUCUACUUUUAAGUUUAAGCGCUCCCCGGUAGAAAAAUAUAAGAAUUAGAAUAAGUUAAAAGUUAGAUCAGCAAAGUGCGUCUUCGCGCUUAAUUUCCUCAAGUGUCCUAAGAUGUUUUGACCAGGGUUGUAGAAUUAAAGUUGGGAAGACGUUUACAUGAGGUAUGACAAACUUUACUAAACUAUCCCAAAAUAAGACUAGUUGAUGAAAUUUCAUCUUUUUGCCGCUGUUUUUUGCAGAAAAUACCCUCUGAGAUUUGGUAAGGCUCGUACUAAAGGAAAUAAGAAGUCGAAAGUGUUCUAUUUCACGUCAACUGGGAUGCCCUCCGGAAAAUAUGCAUUAAACUGUACGCCGGACGGUUCUUUAAAUGAGAUUACAUUCAAGGGGAAGAUUUUGGUCUAUAACAAGCCUAGAAUCCUGUUCGUUACUCCUAACGAAACCUUGAUCAGCAAUGCAACAACGGUGACUUUAACUGGGACAGGGUUCGUGAACACUUCGAAUUUGAUGUGCAUUUUAUUUAUGGCGAAUGGAAAAUCUGAAAAGCUGGACGCUACUUUUGCGAGCGAUAAAUCCAUAGUUUGCUCGAUGACGUCCGAUUUGUCCCCUCAACACGCCAUGAUUAGCGUUAUGUUUGACCCAAAUGCUGUUGAACAAGCGAAGUCAAUAGCGAAGAAGUUGAGCAUUUACGACCUUGUUCCUGAGCCUACAAAAUGCGUCUUCAGCGAAAAGCGCAACUAUCUCUUCUGCAUGUUUAACAGACCGGUGGACUGUGGUGGUAACGCAUGGAAGAACAGUUCCAGUUUUUUCACUGCAGCUGCAUUUUGGAAGCUCUCAUUGAGCGGAAAUUCCAAAUGUCGCUGUCGAAAAGGAAAGCUCCUGGUUCGGCUUCUACGCGACUCCUCCCUCCGUCCUGGUCAAACCCUCCGUAUUCGAUUAAGAUAUAUCAAUCGUCAAGGAUCUGCCUUCACGAAGCACUCUUCCUCUGAUGAAGACAGGCAGGUUUAUGUGGAAGAUUCUCCAAACGCUGCUGAACUUGAAGUAAAGCUGUCAGCUCCUGGGGAAAUAGGUUUGUAAACGACAGUACCUUAAGAGCCUGGGCCGCGUUGUUCAAAUCUGGGUUAAGAUAACCUACGGCUAGUUCGAGAUUUGAAUUCAGAUUUGAGAGCUGAAAAAGCUUUUAAGUUUUAAUUCUUUUUGUCUACAAGUUGAUGAUUGGAAACUCUAAAAAUAAGAGAGAAAAUUAUCUGAGAAAAUGCUUUUGAACAUAAGAAAAAGAAACCCGGGUUAAAUUUAACCCCAGGUUAAUCCCUAAUCGGCCUUUGAACAACUGGGCCCUGGUUAAAGCCUGGUUUUCCCGGUUUUGCGCAUUUGUGAAAACCUGGUAACUGGUUAACCCUUGUUUAACCAGGCUUUUGGCGCACGGGCGAUCAUUCUGGUACGGGUACUCUAUUUUAAAUUGAUUUAGGAUCGUAAGUAGGCCCUUUUGCAGCUGGUCAGUAGGAAGCUUAAGCAACGACGACGGCGUCGGCAACGAAAACGGCAAAAAAGCAAUAGGUUUAGAUUAGCAAAAUAACAACUUUGCACGUGCAUAACGCUUUUUUGUAUAUUUCUUUGCCGUCUUUGCACGACUACAUCGUGAAUAUGCCUAAUUUCACGUUUUGUGGAAAACGUGAACACAAAACAAUGAUUUUUUCUUUUUCUGGGCCGGGUUGUUCGAAGUUGGGUUACGGUAACCCAGGGUUAGUGCGAAAUUUGCACUCAGAUAUGAGGGCUUAAAAAGCAAAUUCAGUUUAAUUCUCUUUACCUACAAUAUUAUGAUAGCUUAAUUACGCUAAAAAGAACUGAGAAAACUAUACGAGAGAGUGCUUUUUAUGAAAAGAAAAAGAAACCCGGGUUAAAAUGUAACCCCGGGUAAGCGCUAACCGGCGUUCGAACAACUGCGCCCUGAACUUCUAUACAGUCCUUUAGAAUCCAACCCCCCCAAAAGAAUUAAACAAGAUGGAAUAGACCGGAUAAAGUUUGAAGCAGCGCAAAAUUACUUUUUAAGUGACGUUCUUAGCCUAUAGCCGUCGCCGUCGUUGUUGCUUCCUAUUCACGUGGUAUAAAACCGCCAUACUGUAGAGCAAGGGACGCACUGGGACAAGACGAACAAAAGUCUUACGUCAUUUAAAUUGAUAAUUUCCUUUGUUUGUCUUGUCCAGCAUGGUGAUUUUGUACCACGUGAAUGCACGACUAGCUGCAAAGGAUCUAUUGGUAAUGGGACUGGCAGUCAAUCCAUUUACUUAAUUGAUUUGCCUUCUUGUUGUGUGAAAAGUGCUUUGUGUGCAAAUCAUGAUAGUUUAUACAUGAAAUGUUAGCAUUUUACUUAUGUAUAGUUAAGUUAUAUCAGAAGUGUAUAACCCCUUAGUGGUAUUUUAAUAAUAAACGCCACAGUUAAAAGUUGCGUUUCUAGCGUGCAACGAUAUAUAGCUAAAAAAUGUGAAAUGUGCUGGAACCUGUCUAUCAUGACACUUAGGUUAUUCUCCUUUGGCAAAACCCGGAUCAUAAAUCCUGGUCCGACAGAUCCAUUCCAAAGAAACCUAAUUAUUCGGUGCAAUUUGUGUUAGGUUCGUGCGAUAGGUUGAAGGUAACUGCAACGGCAAACCAACGCGCAAAGUUUAACUGGUCUGCGUCCUUCGACGAUUCCUCUUCCCCCACUUCUAGCCAAACCGCUGACCUGCAGCAGGUAAAUGAAAAACUCGCGCGCUUGUCCUCUGAGGGAAGGAAGAUGGUGACGUUUGGUGCUAGAUUCAUCGAGACUGGAAUCAUUUACAACAUAACUUGUUGUGCGUUGGCGGAAUUUAGUGGCCAGACAGUUUGCAGCACCGUUUCUGUUCGACGUAUUAUUAGAGCGGUCCCAAAGGUUUCGUUCCCAUGGACCAGGAUUUUAUUAAGCCCAUCUGUAAGAGUGACGCUUAGAGGUAAGCUUUGUUUUUUUUUGCGCGGUAUUUAUAAUUGUUAAUUGUAAAUACGGUAUUAUCUAUUUGCUAGUGUUGUAAAUUAUCCAUGAAAAGCUCCGUGGUUCCUGAUUAUGGCGUUGUCUUUCAGAAAGGACAAGUUGUCUUUUGUAAAACACGGAAAAAAAACUGAAACUGACCGUGAACUCAAGAAAUAUUUCUAGAAUGUUACUGUGUCGAAAGGAGGAAGCCAAUCAGGCGUGAGAAAACUAAUUAAAAACGCAUUGCUUGUGUGUCCUAACUUUAUUGUCACUGGUUAGUAAACCGUCACAAUUAAAUCAGUGUUCACGGUUCUUUAACUCUCACAGUUGAGGGUUUGAAACUUGCAAUGAUCAAAGUCUUCGGUUUAACGACGAGAGCCUAGUUUUAAGGAUUGGAGCUGGCCAACUGACGGCUGGAAAGGUAACCCGGUUUUAUACUUAUUGGGCAGAGAGAUAAAGAGGAUAAUUAUUACAUGGCCAGGCGUGAGAAAACUAAAACGCAUUGCUUGUGUGUCCUAACUUUAUUGUGACUGAUUAGUAAACCGUCAAAGUUAAAUCAGUGUUCACGGCUCUUUGACUCUCACAGUUGAGGGUUUGAAACUUGCAAGAAUUGUGUAAACGUUGUAUACAUGGGCUUAAUUCAAACAAUUAUUCGUUAAAAUAGAAUUUUUUAAAAAGAUUAUCAAAACACAGCUAAGUUUUUAGCACCUAUCUCCUCGGGAAGAAUGGUGAAGCAUUCGAAAAAAUGAAGACGUUUAUGAAGCGGUUCACUAAUAAGCACACAUCGUGUUUUAAGCCUGAUAAAACCCUCUUACUCGUUUAUGAAACUGUAUAUACUAAGCUAAGAGUGGACAAGACCAAAGUUUGGAGAUGUUAUCUGUCUACACCACGAUUGACGUCAGUCAUGGUGUGAUAUUGACUCAAAAAGAGAAGCUCCACGUACUUGUAAUGAAGUCUCUUUUUCUUAUUUUGGAAAUAGCAAAAGUACAGCCUCCGUCUUGUGUGAGUCGAAACAAACGCUUCAUGGUGUACCUGUGGUCUUGCAAUGAUCAAAGUCUUCGGUUUAACGACGAGAGCCUAGUUUUAAGGAUUGGAGCUGGCCAACUGACGGCUGGACAGGUAACCCGGUUUUAUACUUAUUGGGCAGAGAGAUAAAGAGGAUAAUUAUUACGUGGCCGCGAGCCGACAAGAUAAUUUUUCUUUCAACGUUGAAAAAUAUUUCACGAGCUAGCGCAUCUUUCUAUAUAGUCAGCAAUAAAAAGCCCAAACCAUUUCACUUAAGUAUUUUUUUGCUGCGAAAGGCGCGAUUUACUUCAGAGCCCCUACCCCAUGAUAGUGUAUUCUGUGGCCAAUUAUAGACCACAUCUUUGUCACUUUUGGGCAAAUAUAUAAUCUUCGUGAUCCCAACUUAGUCACUUUCUAUUUAUGUAUCUACCUUAUCAAUCCUUUAAAUGGGUCAUCGUCCUAAAAUGAACUGACCCAUUUUUUAAAUUGAAUGAAGAACAUCUUACUUUUUACCUACAGUACAAACAUUCUGGUGCGUUUGCUAACCGUAAAUAUGAAGAAACCCCCAAAACACCAAAAAUCGGAAAAUGUGCGACCCUAUUCUAGUAACUCUGUUGAAAAUACGACUCCAUUAUAGUCAAUCCAGCCGUGAAAAUGUGACCCCAUCCAGCGGCACAUCCCCAUUAGUCUCUUUUAAGAAGUGCCCCCCCCCCCCGGGCAAUGAGUAUGAAUUCGAGGUAGAAGAAGGCGAAAGGAAAAAAGUAGAGGUUUCUGCCUCAGAAAAAAAAGCGCCGAGAAAACUGAUGACUAUGUCACUUUUUUGCAGGUUUUAAGAUGUACGUUCACUGCGUACGUGAGAGACGAUGAUUUGUUGUUUGCUCGUGCGUCACUGACGGUCGUGGUAAAAACCAAGAAACUUGUUGCCAAGAUAAAGGGUAUGUUACUAUGGUAAUGGGUGAAAAGGAGACUCUUUUUUCCCAUGGAAAUACCAAUCAAAACCCCAGAAAAAACACAAUUUAGUUCAUAAACCAUGAGAGAAUUGUUUGAGUGCGUCCCAUUUAGACAUAAAUCCAUGAUUUAUCCCUGAGGACACUGUUCUUCCAAAGUUUGCUACCGAAUGCUGUACAAGUGGUUUGGCGAGGUACAAAGAAAUGCAAAUGGCCAUCUGUCACCUCUGAUCUCAGCUGAAUUCCCUCUAUAGUUUUGUACCAGAUUAUGCAGGACUUGCUUGCGUGAAAAUCAGUUGCUUUCCAAACAAAUUGUCAUUUUUUAACUUACACUCCUCCUUUCAGGUGGCGAAGAAAGAACGAUAAGUGCCAGCGAAGAGGCUCUUUGUGAUGGGAGUAAUUCCAAAGACCCUAAUAACCUCCCAGAAGAUCCCAUCUACCUCUGGACUUGUAAAUGCAAAUAUGAUGACGGCUGGCGAUGGUGUUUCUCUAGGGACAAGCUUCAGCAACUGAUUUUACCUCAAAGAGCAGUGGUUCGCAUUCCUCCAAACACUCUGCCGGCAGACAAGACGUAAGGAUUUCUUUUGCUUUUUUCUUUCUUUUUCUGUUUUUUUUUUCCGGGACCUAUUUGGUUAAAACAUUAUUUUAUACUUUUGAGAGAACCGAGAAAGUCAAAGCAGUUAGGCUUAGUUCGAACGUCCUAUUUCACGUGUCGAACCUAAUGAUAAGGUUCGUACAGAAUCUUGAAGUCUUGAAAAAGGUUUGAAAUUUGCCCAGCAGUUUUCCAGACUUGAAAAAAGUCUGAAAAAAUGCUAAAAAAGUCUUGAGGUUUUUUUUCAAAGCCACAACAAGUGCUUUAUAAGUGAUUUUUUUUUCGUUUUGGUAAAAUCUUAUUCAGUCUCGCCUGUACCUUUUGCAGCACAUCAUGAAAAAACACUUCGUUCCUGCGGUUUUGUAAGGUUUCUAUUGAUCACCGUUUUGAUAACCUAGAGCCUGGAAAAAGAAAUUACUGUUUUGGAAAAAAGUCUGGAAAAUGUCUUGAAUUUUGGAUCCAAAAAUUAUCUGUACGAACCGUGUAAUGCAAAUGAAGGAGAACAAUACAGCUGACAAUAGAUUUUGAAAUGUUGGUUUUUAGGUAAGGGGAAAGGCGGAGUACUCGGAGCAAGAACUCUCAGAGAAAAGCGCGAGAACUAACGACCAACUCAACCCAGCUAAAGCGUCCAAUUACCGUUAUCUUUCUAAUAAGCAGUUGCGGCGCCAAUUUUAAACACCCCCUCUCCUCUAACAUCGCCCUCUGUCCAAUAAACUCCCAGUGAGCCAGCCCUGGGUGGGCUUAUUAGAAGUAACAACGAGAGCGACUUCGACAACGAGUACAACUCCUUUUCGUACUUUCGCUACUCAGGUUCUCUUUGGAGUUACUUCAAGUUCAAGUUUGCGGAAAAUAUUACAAUGGGAUGUUGUUGAUUUCACGUACAAAACAAGAAAUUCGCUCCUGCCACCUCGACUUUUCGAUGAAAACUCGCCGUAGCGCGACUUGCAAGAACAAGUUGAGCACGUGCGGCUGAGCAGAACUGAUGCGCUGUUGGCUCAAUCGGUAAACUCGUCGAAGUCGCACUCGUUUUCGAUGCUGACAUCAUCAUCAUCAUCAUCAUCAGGGUUUGUUUUCACUCUUGACAGAGGAAAUUCUCCCUGGAUCGAUCCCACAGGUGUCUGUUUUUGGCUAAUCUUGACCAUAAGGGUCCAAUCUGUCUGGUGAGAUCUUUCUGCUGACAUACUCUCUAUAAAAGAAAAAACCUUCUAACACGUCUGUCCAUGGUUUUGUUGUUCAACAGUUGCGCAAUUACGCUGAGAUACUUCAAGCGUGAUAUGAGCGCCAGCGCAUCGGUAUACUUUGAUGUCAAAGGGCAGGAAGUACCCAAAGUCAAAAUUGUUCAAGCGUUUUCCAACGCUGCUAAAGUGAAGUUUAUAGCUGUUGUGAAGAGCUCGUUACCAGAUCUAAGCUUGGAGUGGUCGGGCAAACAAAUGGACGAAGACGGUAAUUUGACAUACUUUCAUACCUCUUAUGACCAUUAUUUAUUAUAGACAUUUCUGGGUUAUUUAUAAACAUAGCGAAAGUAAAGCGCACUCUCUGAUUAGUCAAUUACCCAUUUACUAUUUAAAGAAACAUUUACUUUUUAUGGUUAUCCGAUUCUAACGUAACUCCGGAUCCACUGAUGAAGGGCCAGGCCCGAAACUUCGGCAUCAUUACUUUUUAUCAAGAGAGGAUAAAGGGGACAGAGAAGGCAUCCCCCAAACACCCCCUAUUCCAUAGGUAAUUCGUCUCGAGUUAUUUUUAGAAUCGGGAUAUAGUUACCUCGCGCGCUGCGUGGAUGUUUCGUGCAGGUUUCGCAUGACUAAACGCCGUGCAAAACAUGUCGGGCGAGAGGCAAUGAAAGCGUAAAGAGAUCAAGAGCAUUCCUGAAUAUUGAAGCAAAAUGAGUCGGCGCUCACCUGGGAAAAGGGAAUCGCUGGACUCUUUGACAACCCGUGAAAUCAGUUUAACUCGAAGUUGUCGUAACCUCAGUGCUUUAAUAAAAUGAGAAAUUUCGCCGGUCUAUUGAAACCGUUCGUUUGUACAAUAAAGCAAGUAGGGCGCCAAGUGUUAUUUUUGUUGAAUAAUAAAAGACUAAUACCAGAAAUUGUUCUCUUCAAACUGUAAAUUAUAAAUGAUCCUGAGAGAAUAUUCAGUGUGUUAAGGAUUUCCCUGCUGUACUGUAAACUCUAUACAAGAGAGGAAGGGCGAUUCUUUUUUAAUUUUCGUUUCGCUGACACAGCUUUAGCAGAAAUCUCUCUGUAGUCGUUUUCGUCGACAAAAGGAAUAGCAAUAUCGCUCUCCGCGUCUUCCGCCAUUUUGUUCUGCGUCAAUUCGUGAAGGACGCGUGGCUCUGAGCGUGGGUCAUCCACGCGGAACACAUUCGCGCUAUGUAAUUAGCUGUUGUCUAAUCCCCUUUGAGAUCUGUGGUGUUAAAAAUAACUCCAGACGAAUUACCUAUGGAAUGGGGUGUGUAUGGGGGAUGCCUUCUCUGUCCCCUUUAUCCUCUCUUGCUUUUUAUUGAACGUUCAUUUACUAUUUGUCCAUGGUUGAAUACUAAGGAAAUAAGCGGGCGCUCAAAGCAGUACGCGUCACUUUCUUCGAGGCUAUAUUUUGGUUUAUACCCCACAGUUUUUUUCAUAUCUUUUUGUCAAUGUUUUUGUCUUAAUACUGAGAGUCGAUCACGUUCAUCUCGUCGUGAUUUAAUUGAAGCGAAACUUGCAACUUUUUAUGGUCAUGACAGAAAUUAAGCUCAAUGUUGUUGCCGUUGUUGGUCGGUGAUUACAUUUCAUUCAGACGCCAUUAGUAAUAAAAAAGGAAAAAACACUUUGUCUUGAUGUAUUCUUGUAUUCUCUUUUCUAUGUUGUUUUUUAGGAAACUUGUUUGACAUUGAUCUCAAGAGUGUAACCGACUCACCAGUCUCUUCGGUUGUAAAGAAGCGUCCGGAUAAGUCAUUGAUCAAACAAAAAGUAGCCCUGGUCGUGAGAAAGUGGAGAAAUGGAUUAAAGCUGAAAUGCAAACUGAAGGUGUGGCGAGAAGAAGUUGAGGCUUCUGCAGAGGAUGAAGUGAAAGAUGCUGAACCGCCGAUAGAAGGAAGAUGUAAGUCACCGAGUAACCCUUGGGUCAAAAUUGUAAUUAUCAUUUGUUUUCCCGAUACAUUUCCUAUAGAAAUAGUGGAAAGAAGCUGAUAAAGUAUCUAUUUAAUUGGGUUAUCGUGUCCUCAAUUCUCGUAGUCACUCUGUUUAAGCAAGCAUAGAUACCGUAAAUCCUCUAUUAAGCGCCCCCUCUCAAAUAACGCCCUCCCUCUAAUAAGCCCUCCCCCCCGCCUUUUCAGGGGAAGAAAGUUAAUAAGCUCCCCUCUCCAUUAUGCCCCUUCCCCUCUCCUAAUUAUUCUUCACUGAUAAAUUAUUGACUGUAUUAAUAAAUCACGACUGUAAAACUUCGUGUGAGCUGAUCCGGGGUGGUUUAUUUACCAAGUGGAAGUUCGGAUUUGAUUCUGAUCCUCGGCUGCAUGACCUCCAUCCUUCUUGUACUUGAGCUUGUCCACUUUGUAGUCAAGUUCUUUAUGGAUAACUUACACAAUCGUCUUUGCUAAAUUAAAUAAGCCCCCCCCCCCCUCUCAAACAAGCCCCCUCUCAAGUGGGCUUGAAUUAAAUAAGACACGGGGGGGAGGGGCGAGGAUAGAGGAUUUACGUACUCCAAAGAGGAAUUUGAUGCUGGGAACUCAUGCUAAUGGGGCUUAAAAGGUUAAAAGAUAAACAGCAGACCCUUGCCAAGUCCUUAUAAACUUCUUUACUCAAAAAUUGAGUUACGUCUGCUAUGUGCGAUGAUCUGGUUAAUCAUAUGCGUCUGGUCUUAGGCGUGUUAACUAAUUAAAAGAAGUUAUAAAUUAUACUAAAUUAUUACGGAAACUAUACUUAUUUACGAAGUGAAACUAAAUUAAAUUAUCGUAAGUUAUACUAACUAGGUUCGAACGAACACUUCACUCAGCAUUUGAGACAUAGCUUAAGUCACCAUAUUAAGAUUAUAUUAGGGAGUCGUCGUUCAAUUCAAGUUAGAUUGUAGUACACCUUUCAUGCUAUUUUUCCUGAUAAAAGGGCCCAUUAAAAAAGCCUCAAUAUUUUCCAGGUCAGAAACUUGAAGGAUCAGAAGAUGAAGGUAUUUCUAUUGAAGGACUUGACUUUGAAGAUCCCGAGGGUGAAGCACUGGAGUAUCGCUGUGGAUAUAUGGACAAGAACAAUAAACCAAAAUACAGUACUUCCUGGUCUACUAGCAACAUCUGCGAAAACGUUGCUUUACCUCCAGGUAUGAACGGCUCACUGCAUUAGACGGAUCAAGGUAGGUUUCCGGCAAACUGCCCACCUACCCCUCUCCUAAGCUAACAUUAGCACUUACUUCUUACUUAGAGAAACUGUUGGUUUAGGGAAGGGGUAGGUGGGCAGUUUCUCAGAAACCUAAAUUGAUCCUAGAACACUAUGCUUAACAUUUUGGUAGGGCAAACGGGACAAGUUGAACCCUCCAAUUAACCCCAUCCCAAACCUUUUGUCAUUUAGUGAGUUACGAGGUUGAUCUGUUCCGGUCCGAUACAGGUUUUUUUGUCACGUCGUGCGGAGAAAUCCCGUUGCGUGACGGCUAAAGAUGCACAAGAAACGAGGUAGACAUAAGGUAGUGAAAAAAAAUGGCUACAUUCGCAUUUAGAAAAGGAAAGGGGACUGGAGCCGAAACGUGCCCCGAAAUUGUUUCUGGGAUAGUUACUAGGGACGCAAGGUCAAUUGUUUCCCUUCCCUUGUAACAGUCCCAGAAAUCUUUGCGAAAGUUAACUGGUCCCAGUUUUCCUCUCGUUUGUAAAGUGGCGAAUUGAAAAGCCAGCAGUGAUAAAAUAACACUUAGUAUGCCAUGCCAGUAAAAAACAAACCCAAGGCCAAAACGUAACGGACAACAUACUGAACUUUAAAUUCCAGGGUCACGUUUUAACCCCACGCUUUCCCCUUUUUUGAUUAGUUUAAUGGUUACCUAGUAACAAUGUCUUUGUGCCUAGCUUAGUCUUAUCUAAGGUGUAUCCCUUAUACAAGUUGUAAAUUGUCAAAACACUUUAGUAGCCCGGCCCGGGUGCAGAGAAAAGUGGAGGGGAAAGGGAUGAAGAUUUCGUGUUGUGUUGUAAUACCACCUGUUUGCGAUUAUCUGUUUUUGCUUUGAUUAAGGUGUUUCGAUACAGUUUUUGGGAGACCAUACCGAUGUUUUUCAAUCGCCUUAAAAGUGAUUUUAUCCUCCUCCAAUCGCCAUAAAAUUUUUACCACUAACUGACCUAAGAUUGAAGUUUGUCAAAAUGUAGGUUUAAGUAAAAUCGAUACUACCAUGACAACGACAAACAAAAACCUUUAAAAUCAGUUAAAGACUAAUUUUAGGACAUCUAGAACUACCAUUAAAAAUCCAGCAUUAGUAACUUAAAGUGUGGUGUCUAGCAAACCACCUCCUUGAGAAUAAUGAUGAUGAUAAUAAAAAAACAGGACAUAUUAGCGUGCGGUUUUUAUUUGAAUUUCAGGUGACCCGGAAAAAGGUAACAAGUUAAACUGUAUUGCACAAGCCCGAAACACGCGUGGAGCAACAGCGAGGACUGUUUGUCCAGUUGUAGUCCCUCCUCAGAACUUCAACGAGGAAGACAUGAAGAACGCUACUGAGAAAAUCAGAGAAAAACUGAACCGAAAUGAAAUCACUGAAGUUCGAGGUAGGUUUAGUUACCAAUCCCAGAGUUACCUGUAAAUUGCACUCAGAAAAUGAAUUUAAGAUUAGAAGUGUAGGAAUUGUACGAAUCCUGGUUCUUUUGGGUGAUGAUCGGAAAAGACAAUUUCUUGAUGGCGCAGUUUUAUUGGAACUUCCAUGGCACAUACCAUAUAGCGCUCUUUAAGCCAAUCGGGAUCUCAUACCCGUAAGGAGAUGAGGGUACUUCCCAUGAUGCCUUCUUCUCAAGCUUCAGGUACAUAUCACUAAGGUUGGGAUUACACAAAUUGAAAUAAAUUAUAUGAGAUGUUUGGAAAAUUUGUUAACCUUGAGUUGGUAUCUAAAAGGGGUAUCAUUUUUCAGUGGGAGGUAUAAGAAAAGGUAGUCUGCUACACAUGUAUAUCCGUUUUUAGUGUCGGGGAGGAGCGUUGCGUGACGACACUAAAAACGGCUGUGUAGCAGACUAAGGAAAAGGGUACGUAUUUCAGAAACGGUAUAUAAAAAGUUACGGGGUUGGAACGUGUGGCGGAACUCUGGGGUCCAACUGCUUACCCACACCCUCGCCAAGUGAGCUUACCCUCUUUUGUGAAGCAUUACUGCUACUACCCACUGGAUGAAACGACAGUCGUUUGUAGGGUUGGUACUUCCAGUAGGACGUUGUCAUUCGCCAGUUAUAUGAGUGGGUGAAGAGAGAGCAAAGGUUGUUUUCUCAUGAAACCAAGUACAGUGGAACCUCUAUACUAUAACGAGCUUUCGUUGUGUCGAUGUUCUCAGUUAAUAGUCUUUCAGCUCAUCAGAACCCUUAAUUCAAUUGGACCCCUAUGGGUCGCAGCUCUUUUGUUUUCGGGCCAGGUUCCAUUGUUAAGUUUGUUUGUUUGCUGUUUUCCAAACCAAUCCCUUGAGGUCUCCCAAGAGCUGCAAGGUCGCCCAAUUCUUUUUCAUAUAUUUUACAUUUGCUACGGUUGAGAAAAUCGUUCGUUACAUCGAGGACUUUCUCAUAUAGAGGUUCGUUACAUCGAAGUUCCACUCAAUGUCCGACGUGUUGUUUCGCUAGGCCACCACGCCUUAACUGACCCCUAAUUUCCUUAUUAUACUUUGAGUUUCUCCCUACGUCGCCCGUCGAUGUAUGUUACGUUUUCUCAUUGAAGUAAAUCGCUGAGGAUGAAAUUUCUGUCGCUACUAUUGUUGUACGAUUUUCCUACAAGCUGUGUUGUAUUUUGAGUAACCCCAUAUGUAGAAUUCUCUUGGCGUGACUGAUAAUUUUUGUUUAAUUUCCAGCCGACGUUGAACGGAUGGUGUUCGGAUCGGACAGCGAAGAGGCAACGAAUGACAUGCUGAUUGAGUUAGCAAAAGGGGUAAGAUUUGUCAUAAAUGCUCUUCUCAAAUUCAUAGUUGUAUUUAACUGGACGUCUUAAAACUAACUCCAUGCGGAAAAAAUUAUCUCAAAGUAAACUGAGAAAUCUUCCUCGAACCUAAGGAAGCUCUCAUACAUCUCGCGGCUGACCGUGUUUGUUGUUCUGGCCCAGGAACCGGCCUCAAAAUACCCUGGAAGGAGCCCAUUAUGAUACUUUACGUUUCGUAUCCAGGUUCUUCCUUCGACUCUCUUUGGUAUAUCAACGAGAAUGUUUUGUCUGUGUGGCCCUCGUUGCCUGUUGUUCGGACGAUAUCCCAAACAGCUUGCCACUCCUACAUAGUCAUUAAUGAUUAUCAAAAUAAUUAUAAUGAUAAUAAUAAUAAUAAUAAUGAUAACAAUAAACCUUCUUUAUCUAGAAACGAAGAGAAAAGUUUAAAGUUUUGGCAUUGUUUUUCUUUUAAUUUGAAGAAGGGUGAAGCUUAUCACUAAAAACUUCAAAACAUCUUAUUUACAGGAGAACAUGAAAUAUCACUUUGUUCAACUUACAGUCUGAUUUUCGUUCCAGGACUGCUUCAACAGAAGAAGUCAACAAUAUGCUCGAUUUAAGGUACAAAUGUAAGAAUCUUCCUAUUCAUCAUUAGGUUGAUGAUGAAGUCAAAGAAGUCCAAGAGUCUGAAGACAUUGGUAGCGAGGAAGUAGGAGAAUUAUUGAAAUCACUUGAGCUUGGCCUCAUGGGCGUGUCUGGCGAUAUAGAGGAAGGGAGAAAGAGGGUCAGUGAAGCUGUUGAGGAUAAGGAAGAGACGGCGAAAAACUUAAGGAAAUUAGUCUCCCCAAAGAGGUCUCGGGAAAACGGCGAAUCAUCUCGGAGAAAACGAAGAUCUACUAACAGUGAUGACAGUGAAGAUGAAGAAGUGGAUGUUGACGCAAAAACUAUAGAUGAUGUAUGUGGAAAAACCAAACAAACCGGUCAAGUCAAGUCAGUUAUGGCAGCUCAAAACUGUCUUUGACUACAGAACGAUUUAAACAGAAAUGAUUUUAUUCGUUCCAGCAAUAACCAUCAUAGAUUUAUUUUUCGAUGGCACUUUUUUAUCAUUAAAAAGUGUCUUUUUCUUGUCACUGCAGCUAAAAAUUUGUGUAUUUUGUUUUUCAUCUUGUUCUUAAAGUGACGCAACAAAUAUAAUAAAGACAAUGUUUGAUAGUUUAAUGACCCUCUUCCUAUGAAAAUUGUAUGAAAUCUAUUUCUGCCUUGGUUCUGUGUCAUACUGUGUGGCUAUUUAAAGGACGACACCUCACUGGUCGGUAAGAAUGGCGUCAUGUAUUUUUAAACUUGGCCGGUAAUUCAUUUCGCUGUCACACCGUCUACACGUCUACACGUAGUAUUGUCGUAAACCUUGAUUUCAGUUAGAACUCGUUUCAACGACUCAAGACCCUUCAAAAAUUCAUCUAAUGUCAAGCGUUUCCUCAACAGGUUGAGACAACUCUAAGCGUAUUUUCCGCGCUCAUUGAACCCGGCAACUUCAGCAAUUCCUCCAUGGCGGUGAAACAAGAACUAGUGGGUCUUGUUGAUGACUUGGGUAGAGGUCUGUGUCAAAGCCUCAGCACAGGGGAGCCAGCACUGAUUGCUGAGUCUCACAUUGUGGUUAUUAGGAGCAAAAAGGACAGCUUUGACAACGUAGAUGUUAACUUUACCAAUACCGCGUGUGAAAAUUGCAGCUAUGCCAUUCAAGAAAGCGCCCAAGUCUUGCUGGGACAGUCAGUGAAAGACCGCUACGAAUCCUGGGAUUGCAACGAGGAUGGAUGUAACGGAGCAUGCAUUGUGUCUGCUCAGGUGAUUAGCUUCUAAUAAAGCCUUUUUUUAAAAUUGUUGACUAGAUUUUUUCCUUAUCACUUUUUCAGCCCGAAAAAGUGUAGUCUUUUGUAUGUUCAUGCAUUUCUAGGUUAAACGAGAUUCUUCGGUAUUGCAUUACAAAUGUGACGUCAACACAUUUAAGACGAUGAUGCUAUUGGCAAUUUUUUCCGAAAGGAACAGUAAACUUGUCGUUUAAGACGCCUGAGGGAAAUUCACGACGAACUUGCUUUUAUCCAACUAUUACUCAUAAUUUUUGUUUGUUAAUUUUUUAGUAUCCGAAUGAUUUGCUUGCUACGGCUGAUGACGGAAGCUCCAUCAGUCACGUGGUUUACGUCAAACUCUUUAACCCGGAAAAUGCAGCUCCUCUGUUGGUUAGCGGUCUUGUGGAACCUGUUACUUUCAGGAUACCACUGCGAAAUUACAUAGCUUCCAAUUGUACAACGCCCAUGGUAAGGCAUUGAUUACGUAAUCAGUAAUAUUGGCGAGCUUAGGCAAAGACGUUUUGAGCAACGCACGUCAACCGCUGCCUGGUUAGCUCAGUUGGGAGAGCAUCGGUCUGCCGAGCGGGAGGUCGCAGGUUCAAACCCCGGCCGGACCAACACUCAGGGUCUUUAAAUAACUGAGAAGAAAGUGCUGCCCUUGUAAUGACAUCUGCAAAUGGUUAGACUUUCUAGUCUUCUCGGAUAAGGACUAAAAAGCGUAGGUCCCGUCUCACAGCACUUUCACUGAUUUGUUCUUGUGGGACUUAAAAGAAGCCACAUCACUAUUCGAAAAGAGUAGGGGUCGUCUACUCCGGCGGUGUGGCCAACCUUUACGGGUUGUGGAUUGGGCGGGGAUGGCACCUCGCGUGGGACCUGAGUCCCGUUCGUGCACAUUCCCUCUGGGCAGGCCUGUGUCCAAAAAAGCUGAUAAAAAAAAAAGGAAAAGAGACUUUUUCAUUCUUAAGCUGGGGUUUUUGCCCAAAAUUUGACGUAAAUCGCCUUUAUAAGAAUAAAGAAAGUUGUCAAUAAAAAUUUGUUAGCGCCAGGGUAUAAUAUAAGGGAAAACUCUGGCUGGACAUUAAAGCUGCUGAUCUCAGGUAGGUUUAAGUUUACUUGAAUAUGCUGUAGCGCCAUGUAAAAGCAGCCGUGACCGAGCAGUCAAAGCGCUGGACUCGUAAAACAGAGCCGCCAAUUCAAACACCUUGUUAGUCCCGAGUUCAGCUCUUCGGCCAUGCCUGUAAACAGCCAUCUGGUUUACUCCUGUCAUUUGGACCUCUUCACAACGGCCACAUUGCAGGGGCACUCAACGUCAAUUUUCGGAAAAUAUCUGUUCGGAAGACGAUUUGAGAUCUAGAUUUUUCGGAACAUUUGUUGUAAAAUUUCUUGCUUGCCUGCCUCUCCUAGGAUUUUCGAACACAUAUGGUAUAAUUGCCCAUUUUUAACGGACUCUUACCCUAAAAAGGUCACCAAAAAUUUUCGGGAGGUUUUUUUCUGGUUGAAAUGUUUGAAAAUUUUUGAUCCCUAUAAUUUUCGGAUCACUAGACUUUCAGCUAGGAAAUCCGAACAGAUGAAAAAUUUUGAGGGGAUAAAAAUAUGCCUAUAUCUACCGUUUAAAUACUAAAAUACGUUCAACAUUGCUAAGUUUAAGUGGUUUUGAACUAUAUUCUCGUUGGAUGCCCCUGACUUAUUGGGGACAGAAGAAAGUGGCCAGAGGUUUGAGUAAGAGUCAAUGUAUGGACUGUCCGCCAAAAAAAGUGGCCGUUGUGGAGAGAUUGCCGUUAGUGGAGGUUCAACUGUAGUUGCCAUGUUAUUUCAUUUUAUUAUUUCUGUCCUUUAUUGUGGGCCAUAGUGUAAACUAUUGGCCAUGUUCUAAACGAGGGGGGAACAGGUACGACUUUUCGUUGUAAAGGCUUUAGGGACCGUUUGAAGGGGCAGCAAUGUGUGCAUAGACUUUCAAUGCAACUCUCCUGCUUACUUCUCUUGCUCCCAUUCACACGAUACUAAUCCAAAGGUGCUAUGUCACGAAGAUAUUGUCAUUUUAGAACAAUUGAACUCUGUGCCAAAGUAAUUACUCAGAUCCUGCAAUUCUCCUGUAGACAUAUGACCUUGAGGAUAUCAAAGAAAUUUCAUCCGGCUAAGAAAAUAUAUUUUAAAUAAUUUUUACAGGAGCAUUAAAUACACCAGCUGUAUAAGUCUGUUUGCGAUUACGCGAUUCCUGUGUUUACGCUUCGUUACCUCAUUACUUAAUAGUGGUCUUUAACGGAUGCUUGGGCAACUUUUAGUAAUGAGCUGAGAUCUGGUUGGGCAAACCGGUUUUGGAACUGGUUUUCCGGAUAAACCUAUUUUGGGUUGGGACAAACCAGUCUGGGGUAUAACGAGAUACAGGGUUAGACUGAUGUUUAAGGUAAUGAGAUGCAGGGCAUGUAGGUACAUAAAAAACAAUUAAAGAUAGUGACGUAGGAGGUCAGAAAUAAUAACAAGUUGCAAGACAGUUGUUCUUGCUUUAGGGGGUUAAGACAAUUAAGUAGGCGUAUGAUUCUUUUAAUGAGGAGGUUUAAUGUCGAUUUUGAAUAAUGCUUUUAAUACAUACCAGGAAUGCUUGCAAGGUCAACAUAAAAGACCACUAAGGCAUCAAGUGAAUGGUACCCGCCAAAAGGGCCAAUAUAUGCGAUUGAUUUUAUAUGCAGUUCAACUCAGUAAACUUAAAUCGAUAGCCUCAAGAACAUGUAAGAUCUGUUAGCGCUUGUCAAAUCUCUUGAAUUCUCAGUGCUUUGCAGAUAUUGGUCGGAAAUGAAUAGUUAUAAAGAAUUAUUAGUGCACUCAGAGUUUCAUCACUCAUUGACUCACUCAGUGUUGCUCAUUGGUUACUCAAAAUUGCUCGCAGCACUAUGAUUGUACAGAUAGGUGAGAAUUAUUCCAACAAAUCUUUGUUGACGAAUGAUUGAUUCUCCUGAAAAAUCACCUUGGGUUUCUCGGGUUACCGGUGUAAAACGUAAUAAGUCAAAGUCAUCAGUUAUGAAAAUUAUAGAAUCAUCACCUUUAUUAAGUGAAAUAUUAUAAACUGCAGUGCAUUUACAAAACACAGACAUUCUCUCCUGACUCUCAGUAACAUAUAUGGAGUCAGUCGUUGCAGAUUUUAUUUCAUAAUGUUUUUAAUUGAUGAAGUGUACAAACGUUCGUAAAACAUUCUCUUCCUUGCUUCAUAUGUUAAGUUGUCGUUCUCAGUCGAUGUAUCUUUAGGGGUAUGUUCCAGGUCAAACAAACUGUUUAACAGAUACUUUCUCUUACUCACGGCAGCUUCUGCAGCCUUCGUAUAUUCCAUUUUAUCAUCUUCCAUAAAGCUACGUAAUGUUUUCAUAACCUUUUUGUGCACUUGAUUAGUUUUAAGGUCAUGGUACCACCUUAUAUAUUGUAAAUAUAAGUGUCGUAGCUUUUUUGCGGCAACAGGAGGUAGAAGGCUACAAGCUCGAGCCUGAGCAUCAUCCUUUGGCAAACCCUGACGUAUUUUUUCUUCCACCUGUUCCUCCCAAAAUGGAUUCAGAUCAUUGAUGUCUUCUUCUCGAAGUUUAUUCCAAGGAUCAAAGUCUUCAUUGCCUGUGUCACUAUUUGUAUUUUCUUCGUCUUUUUCAGUUUUUUUGUUACUAGUUCCUUCGUCUUCGUCAACAGCAUCGUCAUCAUCAUCAUCGUCCUCUUCGUUAUCUUAAUUUACACCAUUUUCUUGCACAAUGUUCCCGUCAUACUCUUCUGUUUUUCGUUCCAAGUCCUCUUCCUCGUUUGAAAAGCUUGUCGUUGCUUCUUCGCCAUCAAAUGUUUUGGGACAACCACUGUCUCAUAUCGAUCUCUGUUGAACUUACGGCUAAAUGUUUUCUGACAGAAUUGACAAAAAUGUGUUAUUAUCACGCCGUCGUAAAUCGAUGAAAGUUAGAUUGGAAUGAGCAAACAAAAACCUUCUUUAAUUUUUAAGGGUGAGUCACUCGGGAAGGAAUGCUGGGACCAAUUUCAGUUAGCGUUAGUCGAAAAUGGUUUCGUUUUUACAAGAUAGACUAUUUUAACCGGUUUAUCAAGAAAUUACAUUAUCAUACAUUUAUCGUUAACCUUAUUUAGACAUAUGGCAUAAGCUUCGUAUGCAAGACGAGCGGAUGGAAACCAUUUACUUUGUUCGAAAAAGAAGGAAGGCAUUAAAGCUUUCAAGAGUAGAUUAAAAAAGGGGAAUAAUUAAGGCAAAAUGGUCCGGAGGAAUAACCUUGGUUUUAGGGCGUACCUCUUAAUUCCUGACAGAAAAUUGAGCCCUUGGGACAAAGUUGUUGAAUGCAGGGCUAUUUAUUCGCACUUCAUUAAAUCUGCAGUAUUUUUCGCACUAUAACGUACCUCGUUUCUAGUUUCUCUGUUUGACAUGUAUCAAAUGUGAUUUGUGAUGUAUUCUUAUUCGACAAUAACAAAUGCUUUCGAUCGAGGCAGACCGUUGAUGACAAAUGCCCCCCCUUGGAAACACUUGAACUGAUUUGACUGGACCAUUAAUGAAUUACAGUAAAAAUAUCCAAAAAAAUAUACAAAGUACUCAAGGUGAAAAAAGGUGAAUUAGGUUUUCCUACAGACAUUCCCUGCGUCAAAGGCGCAAAGAUGAUGGCUGUGUUACCAAAAAAGAAAAAAGAAAAAAAGAAAAAAAUUAAAGAGGAAAAAGACACUAUAGUUAGUCGAAAAAAUCUUUAAUUCAUGGUAAAUUGUAAUUUUAAUCUAAGUUUAAAUCAGUAUUAUACUUAUCGGUAAGUCGGAUUUUUAAGAACACGUCAAUCAAACGCGAUCCUCCCCCUUUUUUAUGCUUUGCGGCACUAUUUAAAAAAUAGCAAAUCCAUUAAACUUUUUAACACUCGUAUUAAGGAGCACCUUUUUCGGGACAGGAAUUCCCACAUUUUCAAGCAUCUCAAGAGUUCUAAGAAUUGUAAAGAUAAAUGUGGAGUCUCUUACUUUGAAAUUAUUGACACUGCUUGUUCUUAUUAUCAACUUAUGGUCAAGGAGAGCUUUCAUAUUGAACAUGUGAAACCUGAACUUAAAGAGCAAAUUGAGCAUGUAAGUUUAGCAUUACAUUUUUAAAUUACUGUUUACCUUUGUAGUUCGUUUACUUUUCUUUCACAUUAUUGGCUGAUUCUACUAAUUUAGCAUUACAUUUUAAAUUUUUUACUUACCGUUAUAGUUCGUUUAGUUUUCUUUCCAUAUUAUUGGCUAGCUUUAAUAUGUGUAACGAAUUUUGAAUUUAUAAGCAAUCAUUGUUUGGAUAGUUAUAUAUAUAUCGAUAUACUUUACUCCAUUAGUAUUAUACCUUGUAUGGCUUAAGAUGAUGUUUGAAACAUCGAAACAUGUUCCUCAAACUUAAAAGUGUCAUGGUGUUCUUAAAAAUUGCAUUAAUUCAAGGUAAAAAAAUUAAAUUAAUAACAGUUUUUCUGGUGAUAAUCGUGUCUAAAAUAACGAGCAUCUCCAACUAUUCUUUCGGCCCUAAAAACAAAAAUGUGCCCAUUGCACGCAAAGAAAACUGGAUUUUUGUUUUGAUAAACUACGGGAUAGAGAGAGUCAGGAUUUUUUAAUGAAAUCAGUCCGGAAACGUGUGAACGAAUUUCGUGCUGCACAUUUAGGAAGGAACAAUUAAAAACAUUACGCAGAAUGUGUCGACAGAUGUUUAAAUGUUAACUUUUCCCAUUAUUUCCCAUUCAUAUUCCUUCCAAUUAACCAAUUUCUCUUAAUGCAUCAGUCCUGCAAACACUCUCAACAUUGUUGUAAACUCUCAAUGUUUGCUAAGUGGAAGAAUAUAUAAGAGACAUCGAGAAUACUUAGUAUCAGAUAAUAUCAAUCUGAUAUCAGUCACCUGAGUUACUUGAGGGACAGCCACGAUGCAUGAACACCAACAGAAGAACUUUGUAUGGAAACGUUUCCCCAGUCAAGGUAAAACCCUGAUGUCGUUUUGAAUAAUUUCCAAUUCUCAUUUUAUUGUACGGUAACUUUAUAUAAAUUAAAAUUAUAAGCCAAACAAUCACUGCCACAAGAGAAGAAAGGCUGUCAGAAAAUCGUAUGGCCGCGAGUUUCGCCUUCACUCAAUUUUUUUUUUUUUUUAACGUAAUAUCUAGUUCGAAACCGUCUGUACAUAGUGCUAUCUACUCGCGCAUUUCUUACAUAUCGAAAAAAAUGUAAGGAAAAAGACUAUUUUGCUCAAAAUUGGCUUGAAUGUCACUAGUUAUAACCUUAAGCAAACUUCGUAUGAAAACUGGACUUUCUAGAUAACCACGAGUGAUCGCCACUCGAGAUACUGUGAUUUUGGAAAUGGGUCAGGUAAAAUGGGUUCGAUAAUAGAGGUUAUGGGUUCAUUAAAAGCGGUAUUCAAAGCACUAGUUUUUAACCACUCAGAAUAGAAUUCCCACGAUCUUCUUUUUUUCCCCAGGUUAGAAUCAUGGCUGCGCAAAACUCCAGCCAGUUUGCCUACGAAGCGUGCCUGAUUGCUGAUCUUCCAAGUGAUGUUCAACACCACAUACUUAACACUGGCAACUACGUUUUCCGUCCUCUAAAUUUUAGUCUGGCUUUUUUGUCAUUUGUUUUUAAUACGCUUGUUAUUAUAGCUGUGGCAAGAACAAGAUCUCUUCGAUAUCCCGCGAUGCUUAUGAUGUGCAGUUUGGCAGUGACUGACGUAAUAUUUUCUCUGUUUUCUAUGUACAGAUACAUAGAAAUAUUCACACACGAACACAUGUGUCAAAAAUCUCAACCGCUCCAGUACGCCUUUAGUAUUUUUUGCAGCUAUGCAACGCUCGGUAACCUAGCAGUUAUCAGUAGAGAUCGCUAUUUGGCAGUCCGAAGUCCGUUGUGGUAUCGUAAUCACGUAAAGAAUCAGCGUGCUUUUAAGGCAGUAUGUGUACCCUGGUUGACCAGUGUGAUAACUGUAUUUGCAAUUCACUUUUCUCCAAGUUUGGGAGGUGUCUAUAGACCUAUUGGAGCUAUUCUGAGUGUAGUUCUUUUUGUUGUUUAUGCAAUUAUCAUAAUAUUCUGCUAUCUUAGCAUGUAUUUUCGAAAAACUGUUGUAGUAGGAAAUCCAAAUGACUCCCUUUUGAAAAGGGAAAAGAGAUUAGCUAACACAGUUGCUUGGAUCCUUUUGAAUUUUGUAUUGACCUAUUUCCCUUCGUUUAUUUUCCCAGCAGUUUUAUUCAUAAAAGGAUUCAAGAAUUUUCUGCCUUUUCGACCUUAUUACCUGAUUUUUUUGCACUUAAAUGGAGUUUUAAAUCCUUUGUUGAACUUCGGUCGUUCUAAAAAGAUAAGCAAAGCUGUAAGAGAUUUGUUUAAAUGCCUUCCGCAAGUACAGCCGGGAUCAUAUGACAAUAAUAAUAACAACAACGGCGCCAGAAAGCCAUAAUAUUUUUCACACAACUGAACAACCACCGAAGUAUCCUCACAAAAGCAGGAACAGCACCGACGCAGCAAUAAUAAUCGGACAGUGAUUUUAUCAGCUUUUACACCCCGUGGGUGGACUCCCAUAUAAUAGUGACGGGAAUUCUCGACGGAAAAUUAGAACUUAACCCCCAAUUUGAACAUAUCACGACUGUAAAUAAAUACGUCAUGUAAACUUACCACUUACAGGCACCUCGGUCAAACUAACAUAACUUCUGUGCGCGCGCACCAGUUGAUGAGCAAUUUACUGUCAACACUUUUAAAAGUACUUUCUGUUAUGUAAAUAGCUCUGUUAAUCAAUAAAAGAACUGGGUAUGAGCCAUUUUUUGCUAUGUAACUAUUAAAAAGGGCAAGUUCAGUGUCUUUAUGAUCUUACGCAUCCGCAACUACCCUAUUUCGACAACGUGCCGUUAACUUUUUGAAGGAGGAAGUUUUCGUGAAUAAUAGACAAUUUUAAAAAAAUGCAAAUUAAAAAAAAACAUGGCCAUCAAUACUCAGUAAGUUUGGCGGCCAUAGACUGAACGGUGGAAAGAGUAGUUGCCAAUGUUAAGUAUCUGCUGUUGAACAUCUCUUGGAAGAUUAGCGCAAUUAGGCACGCUUCGUAGGCAAACUGGCUGGAGUUUUGCGCAACCAUGAUUCUAACCUGGGGAAAAAAAAAGAGCGUAGGAAUUCCAUUCUGAGUGGUUAAAAAUGAGGGCGUUGAAUGCCGCUCCAGUUUAAUGAACCCAUAACCUUUAUUAUCGAACCCUUUUUACCUGACCCAUUUCCAAAAUUCCAGUAAAGAAAGUCCAGUUUUCCGACGAUGUUUCCUUAAGGUUAUAACUAGUAGCAUUCAAGCCAAUUUUGAGCAAAAUCAAAAUUGAGACUUUUUUCUUACAUUUUUUGCGAUAUGAAGGAAAUGCGCGAGUAGCACUAUGUACUGACGGACUCGAUCUAGAUAUUACUUUAAAAAAAUAGAAUUUGAGUGAAGGCGAAAUUCACGGCUAAGAGAUUUUUACACAGCCUUUCUUCUCUCGUGGCAGUGAUUUUUUGGCUUAUAAUAUUUAUUUAUAUAAAUUUACCUUACACUAAAACGAGAAUUUCAAAUUAGUAAUAAGGACAUCAGGGUUUUACCUUGACUGGGGAAAGGUUUCCUUAUAAAGUUCUCCAGUUGGCGUUCAUGCAUCGUGGCUGUCCAUCAAGUAACUGAUAUCAGAUUGAUAUUAUCUGAUACUACGCAUCUCGAUGUCUCUUAUAUAUUCUUCUACAAAGUAAACAUUGAGAGUUAGCAACAAUGUUGAGAAUGUUUUUAAGUAUUGCUGGACUGAUGCUUUAAGAGAAAUUGGCAUGGUUAAUUGGCCGGAAGGCCUGAAUUAGAAUGGAAAAUAAUGAGAAAAGUUAACAUUCAAACACCUGUCGACUGAUUCGGCGUUAUUAUUUAAAAUUAUUCCUUCCUAAAUGUGCAUCCAGCAUGAAAUUUGUUCACACGUAUCUGAACUGCUUUCACGAAAAAGUCCUGGCUCAAUCAAGUCUUCUUUGCGUGCAAUAGGCAUAUUUUUGUUUUUGGGGAUGUAAAAGAGUUGGAGAUGCUCGUUAUUGCGACACAAUUAUCACCAGAAAAACUUUCAUUUACAUUUAUUUUUACCUUGAAUUAAUUGGCUGUCUUCCGCAUUUCAUUCAAGCGUAAUUUCUUUAAAGAAUUUAAUGUAAUUUCUAUUUUUUAAAUAUUGCUGCAAAGCAUAAAUAAAGAAAAGGGGAACGCGUUUGAUUGGCAUCUUCUUAAAAAUCCGACUUACCGAUAAAUAUAAUACCCAUUCAAAUUAAGAUUAAAAUUACAGUUUACCAUGGAUUAAAAAUUAAUUUUUUGGUCUCAAUAUAGUGGCUUUUUCCUUCUUUUUUCGGUGACACGGCCAUUAUCUUUGCGCCUUUGACCCAAGGAAUGUCUGUAGAAAAACCUAAUUCGCCUUUUUUCACCUUGACUACUUUGUAUAUUUUUUGGGAUAUUUUUUCUGUAAUACAUCAAUGGUCCAGUCAAAUCAGUUCAAGUGUUUCCAAGGCGGGGCAUUUGUCAUCAACGGUCUGCCUUGAUCGAAAGCAUUUGUUAUUGUCGAAUAAGAAUGCAUCACAAAUCACAUUCGAUACAGGUCAAACAGAGAAGCUAAAAACGAGGUAAUGCGAAAAAUACUGCAGAUUUAAUGAAGUGCGAAUAUAUAGCCCUGCAUUCAUGAUCAGCAACUUUGUUCUAAGGGCUCGGUUUUCUGUCAGGAAUUAAGAGGUACGCCCUAAAACCAAGGUUAUGCCUUCUGACCAUUCUGCCUUAAUUAUUCCCUUUUUCUAAUCUACUCUUGAAAGCUUUAAUGUUUUCCUUUUUUCUAACAAGUAAAUUGUUUCCAUCCGCUCGCCUUACAUACGUAGCUUAUGCCCUAUGUGUAAAUUAGGUUUCAGAUAACUAGUGUAAGUCCUGAUAAACCGGUUGAACUAGCUUAUGUCGUAUAAAAAAACCGUUUGUGACUAACGCUAGUUGAAAUUGGUCCCAGAAUUCCUUCCAGAGUGACUCAAACUUAUAAAUUAAAAGAGGGAUGUUUGUUUGCUCAAUCCUAUCUAACUUUCAUCAAGUUACCACGGCGUGCGAGUGGUAAUUAAAGAGCUGCAGCUCCUAGCAACACGGAGUAAACAGGGAGCACUUUUGAGCAGCUCAGAGCAGCUCCAAGGAACCCAUACCUCAGAUAUAAGUAACUAGCACCAUUCUUGUUUGUUUGCUUUUUCCCGUUAACCUCCAUGAAGUUUUCAGUGAGUUGUUUGAGCUGUUUUUUUUCUUGUAAGCGAUCAUCGCGUUAUGAACUUGCUUUUUUAUAGUGAAAAAAUACACUGUUUCAGCCACUCGUUAUAAGUUAAGUAUUCAGAAUUGAAUUUCAAAUGAACACAUUUAGUGGCCUCAUUGGCUCGGUUCAACCUUGACGUGCACUUUAAACAGUUUCCUUGGAUCAGAUCUCUGUUUAUAUUUUGAUCUAGUAGGCUUUGUAUGUUAUAACGCUUGCAUUUUUAUAAAUUGCGCCUUUUCCUUUACGUUUUCUUAAAGAGCAGAAGAGCUCUUGGAACUAUAUUAUGUGAUGCAAAAGACGAAGGAGACUAUACCGUUAUCCGUAUAGCCAUAUAUGUAAUUACGAGUGUGUCUACUAUAUUUCUUUCAUUCUCUAUAUUUCUUUCAUUCUAGUAAGUUCUAGUAUUUAUCUAAGAAGCUAAGAAUUACAAUUUUCGACUUGAUUUUUUGGUUAACUGAAAAAAAAACAAGUCAUCAUUUAUAUUUUGUAAUUAGAAUUACAUCUCCUGGUGAUGAAACUCUUAGUGUACUAAUAAUUCUACAUAACUAUUCAUUUUCCACAAAUAUCUGCCAAUAAAACUUUCUUUUUGUGGAAAGUAUUUCUUAAGGCCUGAAAUUGAGCACUGCGAAUUCUCAAGAGAUUUGAAAGGCUCUAACAGAUCUUACAUGUUUUCGAGAUCAUCGAUUUAAGUUUACUGAGUUGAACUGCAUAUGAAAUCAAUCCGCCGUACGGAAAAAGAUGGCGGCAGUACAAUUUUACGGCCAGUUACACAUAGUCAUAUUUGGCGGGGGGGUGGGGGGGGGGGUUUUUUUUUUUUAUAUAAUAUUAUUGCGGGAGACGAGUAUAAAAAACAGAGAAAAUCAAGAAAUGUAGAAAACUUAAUAUAUUUUAUUUUUUUGUAAAUAAUUUUUUUUUUUAUUGAUAAAUGAAAAAAAAAAAAAAACAAACACACGAGAGGAAAAAAAAGGGGGGCGUGUAUAUUGUUUGGGGCGUGAAGAAAGUGUGUGGGGGGGGGGGGGGGGGGGGGGGGGGGGGGGGGGGCGAAGUUCGUCCCUGUAAUAGCAACAUUGCCUAUCCUAGGUUUAUAAAUUUUUUCUGUGCGUUUUUAUGAGCAAUUUUAUGGUUUUCAUGCGCUAAGAACUGUGGGUAAAUGUACCAGUCGCCAUCUUUUUUGGUACGGUGGAUUGCAUAUAUCGGCCCUUUUGGCGGGUACCUUUCAUUUGAUGCCUUAGUGGUCUUUUUAUGUUGACCUUGCAAGCCUUCCUUGUAUAUGUAAAAGCGUUAUUCAAAAUCGACAUUAAACCUCAUCAUUAAAAGAAUCAGACGCCUACGUUAUUGUCUUCACCCCCUCAGGUAAGAACAAUUUGCAACUCGUUAUUAUUUUUAACCUCCUACGACAAAGUCUUAAUUGUUUUUCUUUUAUGUACCUCCAUGCCCUGCAUCUCAUUAUCCCCCAAAGUGGUUUGUCCCACCCCAAAGCAGGUUUACCCGGGAAACUACAGUUCCAAAACCGGUUUGCCCAACCAGAUCUCAGCCCAUCAAUUAAAGUUACCCAAGCAUCCGUCAUACACUACUCCUAAUCGGCGAUUUAGAGCUUGUACAUUAGGAUAAGCAAAGAAUCGCCAUCGACAUUUCCCGAAUUUUUCAAAGUAACAAGCAGUUUAGCAUGUUAUGUUUUUUUCGGACUUUUGAAAAUAUGUUUCAUGUUGUAUCGUAAUGGACCUAAUCUGACGCCUUUCUAUUGCAGCUUAUAUAUAUUUGUUAGUUUAAAGUCGUAAGGAGGUUUCACUGCAUUGUUCAUUCCCUUAUAAAAUCAACCCCAUUAUAAUACACCAAGGGGGGCCAAAGAAAGUGUCCAUAUCAAUGGGGUGUCUGUAUUAGGCGGGUUGGAUUUAGAGAAAAUGUGAAGGCUUUCUUUCCCCAGGAACUAAGCAAACUGUCCGUCAUAAUGAGAUGUCCGUAUCGUAUUGGGCGGGUGUCCCUAAAGCGGGUUUGACUCUAGUUUAAGUGAUUUCUCUAUCACUGCUUUUUUAGUGCCACACCUGGGAUGUCUCGUCUUUGUCAUGGAAAACCGAUGGCGUUAGUACGACCCUCAUUCCAGACAAUGGUAAAGGAGGUGCUUCUGUGGACUGUAAAUCAUCUUCACUGGGAUUCAUGACAGUAUUUGCUGUUAAUUCCUCCAUCAUGCCCGCUACUCAAACCACUCAAUCUGCCUCUUCUGAAAUACCCACACCGGCGGAAGACCAAGCUGUUCAUAUCCAGAUUAAACUUGUUGCUGAAUACGGAGCACACAUCAGUACCGAGUCAAGUAAACAAGCAUUAAUCGUCAUUAUAGUACAGGCUCUUGCUGACAUAAUGGACGUCAACGCAUCUCGUUUAAAAAACGUCGAUGUUCGACCAGGAAGCAUUUUGGUCUCUUUCACGUUGAUACCGGGAGGACCUGGAGAGACUGACGUUACUACAGCCGCUUCAGCGCUAAGGCAGCUGGUCGUGAAUGGAAACUUCUCAGUGACUUUGGCAGACGGACGGACUUUGUUUGCAGAUGCGACUUCCUUCCAGUCCUCCUCGACUCCAUUCACUCCUUCUCAGGCCUCUAUACCAGCCACAGAUCCCGUUCUGUCCGAGACCUCCUCGGAACUCAAAAUGGGCGUGUUACUUGCAAUUGUCUUGGGUUCGCUUGUGGGCCUGGCAAUCUUGGUCACUGGGGUCAUUUUAUUCCUCAACAAACGAAAUAAAAUCUCUAAAGUUGGCGGCUCUGAAAAAGAUCUGCAUAAACCAGUCUUCUCUUUGCAAGCAUCCGGUAAUUAUGCCAGUUUUAAAGAUGUGCCUGUGUUGAUAUUGUACGAAAAUUAUAUUUACUGCUUCAAUUCCAAACUUGCUACUUUAGAAACAAGCGCAGGUCUUUCAACGUAUAAUUAAGUAAAUCAACUUAUUCUUACUGGUAAAAGGUUUUUUCGUAUGGCACUAGUUGAGACAGAUCUUUCCCCCAAAGGUUUCAUCUUAAUUUGCAAGUACUAUACUGUCAUUGGUGAAAAAAAUCUGAGAUCUCGCUGUAAUUUUACGUUUUAUCAAUUUCUAUCUUUCUGUCCUGCAAGUUAGAAUUGCACCGUAAGUCAAAGAUGUAUUCAGUCAUUUUAAUCACAAUACAAUAGGCCAUUUGUAGGAGGGCGUCAUUUUUACCCAGGACUACGACCAUAAUCCUUCAGGGUUUUUUUUUCUUGUGCAAAUUAGGGCUUUUGUUACUUAAACCUCGCUGGGAUUACCAAAUUUAAAGUCUUAGUAACCAAAAAGGCGUCAUCAUGCAAAUGACCUAUUAGUCCCCUUUUACUAGACUAAAAUUUGUUAGAUUUAGCGCUUGUGGUAGGUUUUCACAAUUUUUAUUUUUCAGAUUUCAUUUUGAUUACUAAAAUGAGAGGCGACUGUGCCUUCAUUGUUCGUCCUGAAAACAUAACUUUACGUUCAAAGGGCGGUUUCAAUUACUUUUCUCUUUUCACUAACUUAAAUACUCUGCACAGGAGUCAAAGAAAAAUUAAAUAUUUAUUGACUGUCGUUCUGUUUAAGGUUACGAGAACAAAGAUGUACAAAAAGAAAUACGGAAAGGUAUGUACUAGACCUUUUUUGUAUAAUUUUGAUUCAUGGCGGCAACAUACUGUUCAUUCCAUCAUAUGGUCACUGUGGUAGCCUGCGUCACAGACGAAACUAAACUCUGGUUAAGUCGGUCUACGAAACAGCGAGAAGUCCUUGUUCUGGCCUCCCGGCUGUGUACCAGGAUUUGAGUAUGCGCCAUGACUGGCCAGCUAAAAAAGCCUUUGUAGAUUUGCCAAUCAAGAUGAAAGGAAAUUCAAAACGCACUUCCGGUAAUUCGCUCAGUCCGCUGGGUGCCCAGAACAAGGAUAUCGGCGCUGCUUCGCGGACGUUACUAACCGAGGUUAAAUUACAUCUACGAAGAAGGCUAUCUAGACUUGCUACAAGUCGACCACUUGGCGAGCGGAGCGAAAUCCGACGAAGGACUUUUUUGAAAGUCUAAAGGCUAUCAGAAUGGGUGUUAUCCUUUGUUCUUUGUUUUUUCUUUACUGUUAUUAAUUUUUCUUUAUUUUAUUUUUUAUUUUCAUUUUAUUAUUUUUUAAAUUUUUAUAACAUACAGCUCGCGUCGUUAGAAGGCAUUAGGUGUCCCUGAUACAAACUUGUAUUUAUUGUGGGCAUUAGUGGCUUAUAUGUUACGUUGGCAACAAUACGGGCAAUACACUGGUAAUAAUAAUGGGUUAUACAUAACAGUAUGGACUUAAAGAUUUGCGACGGAGAGGAGUGCUUCGAUAAGAUCAAAAUCACUUCCGGUGACGUCGCCACCUGAGCUGCAGCACGGCUUUCCCUCCGGCCGUAGCUUGUGCAAUAUCUUGUACACGCCCAUUAACAUUGGUAAACCGACGUCUGGUUAGCUCAGUUGGGAGAGUGCCGGUCUGCUGAGCGGGAGGUCGGUUGUUCAAACCCCGCCCGAACCAACACUCAGCGUCUUUAAAUAACUGAGAAGAAAGGGCUGCGUUUGUAAUGACAUCUGCAAGCGGUUAGACUUUCUAGUCUCUCAGAUAAGGACGAAAAAUCGUAGGUCCCGUCGCACAGCGCUUUCACUUAUCUGGUCCUUUUGAGACGUAAAAGAACCCAUACCACUGUUCGAAGAGAGUAGGAGACCCUGGAAAUGUGGCCAACUUUCCUGGGCUGGGUGGGGUGAGAGAUUUUAAUAUAGGGAUAACCUCAUAAUCCUCCUCAGGUGUCUUAAACACCUGUAAAGAGUGUAUAAAUGUAUGAAUGUGAAUUUUAUCAUCGGUUGAGAAAAACCACAAGUGCGUCGAUACAACCGCAUAAGGAGAGUUAACGGUAAGUUGAAUACUCCUAGUCGCCAUGCCAUAGUUAGAGACCGAUGUAAGGGACAGUAUGCCGAUCCAAGUAUUUGCCCUUUAUUUAAUACGUAAUUGCCUCUCAUGCUGAGAUCAUUGUUCUAACGAGUUGUUUAAAAAAAUGUUUCUACAGAGGAACGCAGGGGCAGUGAAUACCCAAUGGUUGAUUGCCGCAGAGAAGGUAGGCUAUAAUUUCUGACUCUAAAUGAUAUUUCCGGUUUAAUAACAGGCAACCUUCUUACGUAAAAGCUGAGGCUAAGCUGACAGAUAAAGCCCCAUGAAAACAGACAUCAUUGGUGGUUGGCCGUCAACUCCCUCUACAUCUCGCAGGGGUCGUACAGAGUCUUGAAUUCUUGAAAACGUAUUGAAAUUUUCCCAGCAAUUUUCCAGACCUGGAAAAAGUCUGGAAAAUAGAGAUAAAGUCUGGAAAAAUGAGUUUAUUUUCAUAGCUACAACAAGUGGUUUAUGAGUGAAAUUUUGUUUCGUUUUGGUCAAAUCUUAUCCAAUCUCGCCCGUACAUUUGCAGUAUAUCGUGAUUAAAAGCUUUGUUCCUGUUAUUUUUCAAUGUUCGACUUGCCUUUUUGCUGUUCUUGCCAUGUUUUUAGCUAUUAUUUCGCCUUGUUCUUACUCUUGAAACUAGUGAAAUGUCCGCGAUUUUUGUUUUCACAACCAAAACAACUCAACCUCGUCCCCAGGUCUUCUCGGUUAACGAUGCAUUAACCAGCAAGGAAGCUGCACUUUUGACGUCAUUGGUUGCAAAACUCUUCCAAAUUUGGUCAUCAGUGCCUGGUUAUGGUGAAUUAUGCGUGUGCUUUUAGCCAAUCAGAAUCGCCUCAGGGAAAAAAUUUGAAUGAAUAAUAAAUGAUAUUAAUCCACCUUAAAUAAACUGCUAAAGAGUUUAAAAAGAUAUCUAGCCCAAACGUACGCUAAAAUAAGAGCCUGAGAAAGCAGCCGACAUUUCGGAAGGUCACUACUGGUUUCCGUGCGAAAGGACGUUCUGAGGAACGACAAUAGACUGAAAUUCCAUACUGAAGACAUGUCACUACCUAGGUAAUGCUUCUGAUGGAUGAAAGCAAAUUCCUCCGCGGCACGACCAAUCAGCUUCAACGUUUCUACUUUUCUCAGACGUCAUCUCGCAGCGAAAUUAAACCGGUGGUGGCCUCCCGAAAUGUCGGCUGUUUUCUACCGAAAUAAAAGAAAUUUUUUAAAUGAAGUAACCUUGCGCUUCUUUUUUUCUGCCUACAUGAAGCUGAUACACCGCUGCCUGGAGCUCCAAUUUAUUCCUAA